AUGGGCGGGGGGCUCAUACCGCCGACCUACUUCCAGAAGCCGGCGUCGCUGCCCAUGAACACGGUGGUCCGGUUCGUGCCGCAGCAGACGGCCUGGAUCGUCGAGCGCAUGGGCAAGUUCAACCGCAUCCUGCAGCCCGGGCUGGCUGUCCUGAUCCCCUUCCUCGACCGCAUCGCCUACGUCAAGUCGCUCAAGGAGGUUGCCAUCGAGAUCCCCUCCCAGAGCGCCAUCACCGCCGACAACGUCACCCUCGAGCUCGACGGCGUGCUCUACACCCGCGUGUUUGACGCCUACAAGGCCAGCUACGGCGUCGAAGACGCCGAGUACGCCAUAUCCCAACUCGCCCAAACCACGAUGCGCUCCGAAAUCGGCCAGCUCACGCUCGACCACGUGCUCAAAGAGCGCGCGGCGCUCAACACCAACAUCACGCAAGCCAUCAACGAAGCCGCCCAAGCAUGGGGCGUGACCUGCCUGCGCUACGAGAUCCGCGACAUCCACGCGCCCAAGCCCGUCGUCGACGCCAUGCACCGCCAGGUGACGGCGGAGCGCUCCAAGCGCGCCGAGAUCCUCGACUCGGAGGGCCAGCGCCAGAGCGCCAUCAACAUUGCCGAGGGCCAGAAGCAGAGUGCCAUUCUGGCUAGUGAGGCCGUGAGGGCCGAGAAGAUCAAUGGUGCGGCGGGUGAGGCCGAGGCGAUUCUGCUGCGGGCGCGCGCGACGGCGGCCGGGAUUGAGGCGGUUGCGCGGUCGAUUGCGGAUGGGAAGGAUGCGGCGCAGGGGGCGGUCAGUUUGUCGGUCGCGGAGAAGUAUGUGGAUGCGUUUGGCAAGCUGGCCAAGGAGGGGACUGCUGUUGUUGUUCCUGGCAAUGUGGGGGAUAUUGGUGGUAUGAUUGCUACUGCGCUGAGUGUCUAUGGCAAGGUUGGCGAUGCUCAGGCGAAGACCAUGGCCAAGGAUGCGUUGGCGAAGGGGGGUGUGAUCGAUGCCCAGGAGAAGGGGAAUGCGUCGCCGGCGCCGGAGCAGACGACUGUUUAG